CGCGGUAUCCUUAACCCGAGAGAUAAGGAACUAAAGAGCAAGGGAAGCUCCAUUGAACUUAGAAUAGCUGACGCUCAAAGACUAUUCAUUCAGCUGCCUCGGGAAGACAAGAAGCAGGAAGCUUUCUACGCGCAUCUGUCCUCGAAUAAUAAUGCUCUUUCAUUCGUUCCUCGCUUUGAGAAAUCGAUGAUUAUUUCUGCCUACAAGGUCAAUUACCAAGACAGCCAGCUUCUCAAUUGCAUCGCCGGGGAAGAGCGUAUGACUGGCCUUACACUUACAGAGAGCUUACCUUUAGUCUGCAACAGGAGAGGCACUGAGACUGCAAUAACAGGAGCAACUGGCUGGGAGCUUCUAAUGGCUUGCAUAAGGGAAAGCAUAAAGAAAGCAAUUGCCUUCCCUGGUGCGUGCCUGCUUGAGGCUGAUUCGUAUGCAGCGGCAUCCGUAUUUGCGCAUGUGUCGUUGCUUGCCUAUCUCAGUAUGAAAUUGGAACAGUAUCCGAUUUCAAAGGCGAAGCCGAAGAGGUCCCAUUCUAAUGAGAAUCAAAGGCAAUCGGGAAUGGGUUGGUUUUCAUAUCCCCUUUUUUGUUCUCGUCUAAGCAGUCGGCCCAGUCUCCUGUCUCUUACUUUAGACCAGGGACAGGAAGAGAGCAUUACGAAUUGCCGAUUUAUU